GCCGCGCAUUUAUAAACUGGAGUCGCAGCUAGUGACAUGUCAGAGACUAACUCGCCGGUACUACGAGCCUGGGCUAGAAACGUCUAAGCUGUGAUAGAGGCUAGCUGCUGUCGCCCUAGGCGUCCGAAACCCCCUGCCGGCGCUGGGUGCCUGCACUGUCUUAGGGCUAGCGUUUUCCUGGGAGCUUACACGUGAACCCCUGGGCAGCAUGCUUGGGGUUCUUCUUCUCGGUGUGUUGGUUCCAGCUGGCCUGGGGAUCACCGCACUAACCGAGUUGCAGUCAAGAGGCAGUCAGUGCCUGCAUUACGAGUGCUUUGCGCUUUUCCAGGGCCCCAGGAACUUCCUCUCUGCCAGCCUUGGCUGCGAGAGCCUGAAAGGACAUCUAAUGACAGUGCGCUCCACAGUGGCUGCCGAAGUCAUCUCCCUUUUGCUGAGCGACGACAGUAGUGUGAACUCACGCCCCUGGAUUGGGUUACGGCUCCCGCAGGGCUGCCACGACCCAGAACAUCUCGGGAUCCUGGGCGGCUUCCAAUGGGUUACUGGCGACAACUACACCAGCUACAGCAGGUGGGUGCGGCCCAAAGACCAAGCGACUCCACUCUGCGGCCCGCUAUGCGUCAGGGUCUCAACCACAACAGUAGGAGCCCCGGGUGAGCAGGCCUGGGAGGAGCAGCAGUGCGAGACUGAAGCCGACAGCUUCCUCUGUGAGUUCCACUUUAGAGUGUCCUGCGGACCUUUGGUGGUGAAUACCCAAGAUCCCGAGGCUGCGCACUUCUCCAGCACCUACCACACGCCUUUCGGCGCCCGUGGUGCGGACUUUGAGAAUCUGCCAGAAGGCAGCUUCGCUAUUGUGGAGUCCCUCGGUUUGGAGCUAAUGUGUGAGGCCCGGCCUGAAACUUGGGACGGACAUUGGACUCGGCAAGCGACAGGAGCCUGGGACUGCAGAGUGGAAAACGGUGGCUGCGACUACUUGUGCAACCAGAGCAUGGGCGAGCCCAGGUGCCUCUGCCCCAGCAACUCCGACCUGCUGGCUGAUGGUCGCUCUUGCACAGAUGUCGUUGUGCCGGAGGAGCCUGAGACAUGCACUGACCUCUGCGAACAUUUUUGCAUCACCGACCCCGACAUACCCGGCUCGUAUGCCUGUAUGUGCGCAACGGGCUACCGGUUGGCGGCUGACAAACACCAGUGUGAGGAUGUGGAUGAUUGUAGGCAAGGGCCCAAUCCAUGCCCCCAGCGCUGUGUCAACACCAAGGGCGGCUUUGCAUGUCUCUGCUAUGAUGGCUUUGAGUUGGUGGAUGGAGAGUGCGUGGAGCGCCUGGAUCCGUGCUUCGGAAAUAACUGCGAAUAUCAGUGCCAGCCAGUGAACACCACCGAGUACAUUUGCAUCUGUGCUGAGGGCUUUAGACCCAAACCCGAGGAACCGCACAGGUGUGAAUUGUUCUGCAAUGAAAGCUCAUGCCCAGCUGACUGUGACCCUUACGCUCCUGACUUUUGCUAUUGUCCUGAGGGCUUCAUCCUGGAUGAAGGUCACAUAUGCGUGGACAUUGACGAGUGCAGUCAAGGCGAAUGCUCUGGCAGUGAGUGUCGCAAUCUUCCCGGCUCCUAUGAGUGCAACUGUGGGCCUGACACAGCCCUUGCUGGCCAGGUUAGCAAGGACUGUAACCCCAGUCCUGUUAUUGAAUACAACGAGGACCAUGGCUCUGGGGAGCCCCCAGUCAGUCCAACGCCAGGCUCUCCCAUAGGUCCGCCCUCAGCAAAGCCAGUGCAUUCUGGCGUUCUCAUUGGCACCUCCAUUGCCAGCCUGUCCCUGGUGGUGGCGCUUUUGGUGCUUCUAUGUCACCUGCGCAAGAAGCAGGGAGCACGAGCAGAGCUGGAGUACAAGUGCGCAUCACCAGCCAAGGAGGUUGUUCUGCAGCAGGUGAGGACUGAUCGGACGCUGCAGAAGUUCUGAGGGACUUUGCUCCAGAGACCCAGGUUGCCUUCGUCUUUCCUGGAUCAGUACCUCUUCUUUCUAUCUCUGGCCUCCCAGAUGUGCUCUCUGGCAACUUAAAAGCCACUUGGCUGACACAAUAACUGAUGACUGGAGAGAACCCUGUCCCAUCCUCAUGAUAAGCAGGGGUGAGGAGGACUUGAAGCAGGAGAGCCCAAUUUCUUCCAUGUCGAUACUCUGGACAACUGGGCAGAGUUGACAAAUACACAGUGAGGAUCAGACUGCAGAGUGUCCCAGGCCCUCCCUCACAUCAGGGUCCAGGAUGUACAGGCGCUGCUGAUCUUUAGCCUUUAGGCAAACCUUGACCACACAGGCUAGAGAUGACCCAGAUAUUUAUUUUUUUAAAGUAUUUUGCAUGUCUUCCCUUUGGUUUUUCCCAGCCUCCACAUCUCCAAUCCUCCUGCCUUUUCUCCCUUUGUUUCCUUCGUUCCUCCCCUCCUCCUCCCCCUCCCCCUUUCUCACUUUUCUCCUUCCCCAACUUUGUCUUACUUUGCUUUUAUCCUCCUCUCCAGACAAGACUCUUACGUGAAACAGAAAAGAAACACUAAAAGCAAAAGUUGUCUUUUUCACUGGCUUUGGCAAUUUAGUUGGAAAAUUCAGGUUUCCAGGGCAAAACGAUUUUAAUGAAAGUUAAAAUGCCACAGCUAAACACUAGUUGAUAAUGCUGGAAUGUCACAGAAAUUGAACUCAAGGAGGUUGGGGUUUUUGUUUUGUUUUGUUUUCAUCUUUAUUGUUGAAAAGGUGAGCCUGGGUAUUUUUUUUAUUGUUGCUGUUGUUUUGAUUUAGAACGACAAAAUGGUAAUUAUUUUUAAGCUUUUUAUACAGGUUCCUAUAGUGUUACUAAUUCUUGACAGUGUUGAAAAUGUUGAGAUGAGCCUUAGUCCUAAGUCCUAUGUUUUGAUGUUGCAAUAGGACAUUGCCAUCUUCAGAUGAAUUGGGCCACAUUCAUAACUAUCCUGCGUUGUAUGUGGCCCUUAGACUGGACAUAUUUGAGACUGACAGACGGAAGCAUCUUCCAGCAAAGUUUUGAGUUGUAUGCUUUGUGCCUAGCUGACUUUCAACUGCUCCUGCCACUAAUAGUUCCAAACAAAAGCAGUGUGCUGCUUUGGGAGACAUGGGAACUUGGGAAUGGGCCUGGAGGGGGCCUGGUUAGGGUCUUGUCUUAAUGAGGCUCUUGGACAAUAUCUACUUCAGAGGCAUGUUCUAGCCCUGGCCGUUAGCCUGUUGACAAGAAUUGGGACCUCCCUUGGGAUCUGGCUAGAAUUGCAAAAUCCUAAGUGCACCACCCCACCCCCUUCACAAGAAGCUGCAUUUUAACAAGUUUCCAACUUUCUGGAGGACAUUAAAUGUCAGUUAAUAAUAAGUAGCAGGCUAUGUUAGGCCAAUUAUUAUCAAGAAACUGAGGAAUUUUUCACUGCUUAACUAAAUGACUAGGUACACAUCUCUAGAUUUUGCCACACAGGGUCCAGAAGGGUUUCGGUUUAACUAAGCUAGGAAUGAACUUAUAUGUCAGUGUAAGGAACAGAUGUAUCAUAUGUGUAUCUUUUGUAAGGAAAGUUUUUUUUGCUGUUUGUAAGCUCAGCAUAUUUGUACAUAUUUAUUUAUUGGAGUUUAGCUAGAACACAGGCAAAGCCUUUGCUUAUGAUGUCACAUGUGCAAAAUAAACAGAUUAUAAUGAA